UAGCCUGUCCGUUGACGUUCCAACGGCCCGAAAUCAGCUGUUCCCGAGGUCACUUUAGUCAGUUUGACAUUUUAUUUAUGUUUUUAUUUGUACUCCAAAAUGGCAGACCUUAAAUCUCUGGAGCAUCCCACGUUAAAGGUGCCAUACGAAAUUCUCAAUAAAAAAUUUCGGACCGCGCAAAAAACCUUAGACCGUGAAGCCUCGCACGUCCAGCAAGCUGCCCGUGAGAUAGAAGAGACCAUUUCUUCAGGUAAUGUGAAAGCGAAAGACAUUACUUCACUGCUUGGAGGAAUGGUCGAGAAACUUCAAGUACUUAAACGCAAAGCCGAGGAGAGCAUCUCCGAAGAACUGGCCGCUUCGAACGUCUGCAAGCGGCGUUUGGAGCACCUGAAGGAGCGGGAUACGCUGACCUCGACAGGGACCAUUUCUCAUGGGGCUGCCAACCAGUGGAAGCGAAAACGGUUAGAUAGGAUGAUGGUCGAGUAUUUUCUUAGGAAUGGAUAUUAUAACGCGGCGAUAACUCUCGCUGAAAGGAGCGACAUUAAGGAUUUGACCAAUAUAGAUAUUUUUUUGACUUCGAGGGAGGUCGAGAAGUCACUUGCUAAUCAUGAGACUCAGAAAUGUUUGCUGUGGUGCCAUGACAAUAAGUCCAAAUUGAGGAAGCUUAAAUCAAAUAUGGAAUUUAAUUUGCGGAUUCAGGAAUUCGUUGAAUUGAUUAGGACUGACAAUAGGAUGGGGGCUAUCAAGCAUGCAAGGAAACAUUUUUCUAGUUUUGAGGAGGAGCAUUUGACCACUAUACAGCAAGUUAUGGCUUUGCUGGCUUUUCCAGUGAAUACAGAAAUAAGUCCAUACAAGGCCCUCUUCGACGAAAGUAGGUGGGAUACUCUCAUUGAAGAAUUCAGACAAGAAAACUAUCGACUGUUCCAACUCGCCUCGCAAUCUGUCUUUACUGUAGCUCUUCAAGCCGGACUUUCAGCACUGAAAACGCCUCAGUGUUAUUCUGAAAAUAGUGAGAAUCGCAAUCCAGCGUGUCCUGUUUGCCAACCAUGUUUGAACCAACUAGCUGAGCCUCUCCCAUUUGCCCAUUGCUCACAGUCUCGUCUGUAUUGCCAUAUUAGCGGAUUACCUUUAAAUGAGAAUAACUUACCCAUGAUGUUGCCUAAUGGAUACAUUUAUGGAGAACAGGCUCUAGAGCAGAUGGCGAAGGAAAAUAAUGGUCAAAUUAUUUGUCCCAAAACAAAAGAAAUAUUUCCGUUUAAAAAGGUCGAAAAGGUUUAUGUUAUGUAAAUGUGAUAUUUUUCGUUCAAUUUAGGUUUUUAGUAUUCAUAUUCAUACCUCUGUAGUUUUUCUAUUUGUUUAUUGUUAAGUUCAGAAAACGUAGUGAAGUAACUGUACUCAUAUAGGGAUAUCUCUUUUUUUUUAUUUAUGUUACGCUCCUCGAAAUAAAAUUCUAUUUAAUUCA